AUGUGGAGACGUGAUCUAAGCGAUCCUUUAAAGACUGUAGGUGAGUCAGGUUUUUGAGCGGGUGGCCGACGACCAUGUCAUUGGUAUACUUAACAUACAGGCAGUCGUUUGGCGAUCUCAAAUCAUCAGGAUGUAGAUAGAAAAGAUGAGGGGAUAAGAUGGAACCUUGUAGAACUCCACAAUUAUUUGGAACUAUAGAAGAUUUUCUCUUUCCCGACUGGACAAACUGUGUGCGGAAGGAAAAAUAAUCUCCAAGCCAAGAAACAACCCAGCUCGGAGCGUCACACGCAGCGGCUUUGGUCAGUAGGAGUUGGCGCGGAAUAGUAUUGAAGGCGGAUGAAUAGUCGAGAAAAGCACAUGCAUAUGCACCGCAUCCCUUGUCUAAGUCUCUCAAAGCUGAAUAGACAACUAAAGCAACAGGAUCCAAGUUGGUACACUUUGCCUUGUAUGCAAAUUGUAGAGGAUCAGAAAAAUUGACGGAGGAGUACUUAAGGGAAUCUAAUGCAACUCGUUCAGUAAGUUUCGGGAGUACGGAAGAGCAGGCAAUAGGACGGAAAGAUUUAGGAGCAAAAGUUAAAGAUUUUUUAGGGAUUGGAGUAAUUCUUACUGUACGCAAGGCGUCAGGAAUCUUGGACUCUAUAUAGGAUAGAUUAAUAAGGUGGGUCAAGACGGGAGCUAUCUGUGAACAGCAAGAAUUAAGGAGAAAAGGGGAGACACCGUCCGGCCCAGCCGCCGUUGACCCGCGAAUCUUUUUGAGAUGUUGUUCCACUGUUGUCACAGUCACAGGAGUAAAGUCGCAUGGUGGUAGGUAAAUUUCGUUUGGGCGAGAAUGGGAGUCGUUAGAAGUACAGAUAAAAUUUAAAGAGUUUAAAUCUACAUCAAUGGGUUUAAGUAUAUUGCGUUGACCAGUGAGACGCUUGCCAUUCCACCACAGUUAAGCAGAAGGAAAAGGAGAGGAGGGGGUGGAUGAAGUAUAAAAUAGUUGACUAACGAAUAAACCGUUAAGUCUGGCAAUUUCGUUCUUUAUUAAAACAUUGAUGUCCUUCACCUUGUCACGCUGGCCUAGUUUGUAGAAGGCUUCUUUGCGACGUCUCAAGUGUUGGAGAUAUUCGGAGGAAACCGUUAGACUGCGCAAGUUGUUUGCUGAUAUCACGUCCAAUUCAGUGAUAUUUUAAAUGUGCCUCCGACAGCUCGAAGCAAAAACAGCCCAAUUUUCCAGAUCAAAAAUUGUUUUGUUCAUUGCAAUGCGUUUCGUCCAGUUUAACUAUGCUUAUCUUUCUCUGCAAGCUUUUGGGUUUCCUCCUCUUUGGUUUACUUUCACCUACCUUUUUGGCAUUAUUUUUGCCUAUAUUUUUAUUUUUCUGACACUGGCUCGAGGUUUAGUUUCUCUGUCAAAGAACUCUACUUUAGCUGUCCUUCCGCAUAUCCUGGUAAAUGCGCUGCAAGUGUUUCUUUGUCUUCGGGCCUUGCCCAGCUUUUCAUGAACAUCAUUUACCUGACACAAACAGUUAGCGAUUGACCAAAUUUCCUCCUUGUUUUUAAUGAUUUUUUAGAUUAGAUGAACCGUCUCUAACCCUGUAGGAUAUGUAUGCAAUGAUGCAACCGUUUUAACUGUGCUCUCAAUCUGCAACCUGUAAAGCUAAAUUGUAAAUGCCCACGUCUAACAAUCUUCAGAUCCAGUCAAGUGAAUUGCAUUUGAGUAUUCUCUUCCCGUCAAUUUUUCCAAGUAACUAAGCUGUUUUUGACAGAUCUUUCAAUCGCCCAAUGAGAUUUAAGCUCCGCUUACUAUCCCCGAGGAGGUUGAAUUAAAAUCAUCUUCUGUUAUCGUGGAGCGAAAUCAGGUUUUCUGCCUCGCUUUUAAAAGAAACCAAUGUGUAAAUAACCCAAUUAAUUAAUUGCCUUUUAAGAUGCCGCACUCCAAUCACAGUGCUAUAAGGUAGUCUUCAUUCGUCAUGGUGAGAGCGAAUACAACCAAGACAACAGAUUUUGUGGUUGGGUUGACGCCGAUCUGUCAGCUAGAGGAGAAUGCGAAGCAAAGCAAGCGGGCCAAAUGAUCAAACAACGCUCUAUGUGCUUCGAUGUGGCAUAUACAAGCGUCCUAACCCGUGCUAUUAAGACCUGCCAUUUCGUGCUCGAAGAACUUGGACUGUUAUGGAUCCCAAUACAUAAGUAAGUAAGUGGAGUGCAUAUGAUUUUGUUUGCACCCAUCUGUCAUUUAAUAAUACUUGUACGUAUUAAAUGGUUCGAUCAAAUUUUGAUUUGCGGUUUGCUGAAAAAGGCAUACGAAUCUGUGUUUUUAGCAAUAUAGUGCCAGAUAAAAAUAACAAGGACGACAAAUGUGCACUCAAUGCUCAACAGUAAUCAUUAAAAGCGUAUUUUCGGAUUGCUUAUGCAAGCCAUACUGCAGACCAGCACUUGUGGACUGUGGAUUCCAGAAUUAUAAUGGCAGAUUUUACCGUUUUUCAGCACAUUCCAAUACGUUUAAUGAGAUAAAAGGGACAAGUGUGUUGAUCAGCUCAAAUGUAGACAGUUAGACUCAAAGUGCCCACAAAAGUGUAGGCCUUUGGAAAUAUUUCCAAAACUUGGCUGGUGGGGGACGGACAUCAUAUUAUUGGACACACAAGACAUCGCAAAUAUUUAUCGUAUUUUACAGAAUAGAGUUGAAACCUGUAACCAUCCCCGGUCCCUAUCAAGAUCCAUACGGCAACCACUGUGUUCUUGUCGAACUUUGUUCUUCAUGUUGGAAAUGAACGUGCCGCUUCAUUAACAAGAUGAAUAAUUUGAUUUUAGUGUAAAUAUGCCAAAGAAGCUAAAUAAGUUUUACGACGACAUCUGCCGACUAUAAUGAAAUUUAGUCAACUAGGUCGUUGUAAGCCAUGCGACUGCUAAGUUAUAUCUAAAAACCGGUGCACAUUGUAAAACGUUUAAAGGCUUCAGUCUGAGAGAGAUAAUAAAAGUAAUACUUUAGUGGAUUCACGUUUUACUCGUAGCACUUUCUACGUCUUGGAGUUGGCCAAUGCAUGCAUAUAUGGAUUACUUCAGUCGCUUGCGCUUUAUCCCCUUUGACAACUCGUAAGACAGUGGCUUUGUACUUCAGGACUUGGCGUCUGAAUGAACGAAUGUACGGGGCACUUCAAGGUCUUGACAAGGCGGAAACCGCAGUGAAACAUGGAGAGGCCCAAGUAAAGCUUUGGCGCCGAUCUUAUGACAUUCCGCCGCCACCGAUCGAUAUUACUGACUCCGGUCACCCCAUUCGCGAUCAAAGAUACGCUGUUCGUAAUGUUCAUCUGCGUUAUUUUUAAUUAAUGUUAAGCUCUCUUUUUACCAGCGACCUAUAGAUAAGCGUCUCUAAGGUCGCAACAACAAUUUUCAAUAAUUUAACUAAGCGAGCAUAUUGAUGCGAAAAUAUGAUUUUAGUGCCAUUUGCGGCUAAACUUGCUAUUGUGUGUCUAGUACGAAAGGCUAGAAAAAGCCCCUGACAAAAUUUUGUAAACUGAUUGGUCUAGAUUGUAUUUUGCAAGCAACCUUCCCAGUUUUUAAUAUUCCAUUAAAUUCACAGAAUUACGGCCUAAUGCUUCCGACAAAAGGUCUUAGCUUUCAGCGCAUGCAACAGCUCAUCGGAACACGAUAUAGCAGUGGUGUUCCAACGUGAGUAAGGCAGGUGUAGCCUGGUUUUUCAAAAGCACGGGUGUAGAUGGACGUUGUCUUAUAACGACUUUCAAAAGACUUUUGAAAGAGCGUUUAGCAAAAUGAAUCUGUUCUGGAACCCUUUGUUUUAUCUCGGUUAUUUCUGGACUUUACAAAUUGAGCCCUAUAACCAUGGGAUAAUAGCUGAGUAAGUUGUGAUAAACGUAUACUUCUGAAAUCCUGGUGAUGUCUACGGAGCUUUGCCAUUUGACGGCUGGACGGACGCUUUACAGGCGGUUUUGUAAGUAAUGUAGGAAAUAUGAACUUUACGUCCAGCGUUUAGAUUCCUGCAGUAAUAUGUAAAAGUUUUGGUAACUGGCGUAAAAAUACUCUAUUUUGAAUAAGCCUUAUUAUUAAAACUCGGUCUCGAAAAACAAAAAGUAUAUACGUAUGCCGUAUGCAUUGCGUAUUGCAACGUAUUCAAUAAAAACUACUUUUUGACACCUGAAUAACGGGCCAUAUAAAAAUCUAGCAGAGUCCUUGAGAUUCACUAAUAUAGCUUGUCAUAACUUCUUAUUAUCAGACUGUAUAGUUUCCAAGCAGUCAGAAACGGAUUGGUCAUGAACAUAAAACAUGGAUUAGAUAAAAACAAGUUUAUUAACAAUCACUCGCCAACUUUAGUGCUGCAUCAUUUCAAUCACAGAGCCCUUCCUUGUAGCGCAAACGUUAUGUGCCGUAUGCGCGGCUCUGAACAAUUUUUAUUGACCUGCUACUCUUACAGCCCUAUUCAUUUUUAAGCAAGUAGAUUUUUUUCUUAGCUAAAAUCGCGUAUUUCACCUUUUAUCAAAGUUAAGUGACAUGUUGUCUAUUUUCGGAACGACUUAUUUCACGUUACUUAUUAUUUGGAGGCAUAAUGUGUAUUCUAAGAUGUCCGCUAUUAAGGAACAUUUAGGGAAUUACAGCAAGACAUCAGUGAUCAUUCCGCCUAGGGUAACGGAAAAUCUUCUUUGCAUCGAUAUGACGGUUCAUUACUAAGAUUUCUGCAAGUAAACUCCAGCUGCCUAUUAAUGAAAAAGUCUCUCGGGGAGUCAAAAUCUCAGUACAAUUACCUCUGCAUACACCCCGUGUAUCGUUCAGAAUAUGGGAUCUCUAGAGUGUAACUCGAUACCGAAGAUUUCCCUUAGCAUGAAGACAGCCAAGCAAUGCUAAGCUAACUGCCCAAUUAAAGGACUUCUCUUCGUGGGUGGCAAAUUACUUUGUUAACAGGAAAAACGUGUAUAGGCGGGGGAGGGGUCGGAAGUUCAUUUGACUAUUUUAAAGAGGGGAUUAAGUUGAGAUAAGUUGUGAACAACCGCAUCAGCUCUGUCUCAAGCUUUUUGCUUUUCAUCAUACCCUUGAGAAGCAUAUCUAUUUUCAACCGCUGAGGACGUUUAGGUAUCCUGGGUUUGUGGCAGAUUACUGACGACAACGUUACUCCUUCGUCAUUUCGAGUUUUAGUACAACCUUUAAGCGACCGGAGAAUUUAAGGAGAGAUGCGACAGAAUUCUAAUAGCUGGGUUCUAUAUUCGGACAACGGGCCUUGUCCUGUGUAACUUUAUUCCAGGGCCUUAAAAACGACCGAUAGUUAUAAAAACCACAUGAAGUUCCAUUAGGAAAGCUGCGUUCACCGUAAAUUCAAACGUGUAAGUACACAAAUGGUUAGGAGAGUUUUUUCAACAAUAGGAAUCUUUUAAGUGCUAGCCAACAAUACGUCUACCACACAUGGCUGUAGUUAUCCGUCAUCUGAAAGCUUUUUUCGCUGCAAAAAAUAGUAUCGGGGGAUAAAAUCCCCAAAACCAAAAGAAUUCAACGCUUCUGUCUUCUUUGAAAGCCAAAAAAAACAUGGGUUCCAGCCUUUUUCGUAACCAUCCUUAUCACGUUUUUGUCCAACAAUCUGCUCUUUCAGUAGUCAAGUGGCAUAGUUUUUGCAGACAUUCUUGUCCGUUCUCGAGCAGACAGUCUGUCAAACAUUCAGUCUUAGAACAACUACUCUAAAGUACGUUAAAUUCAUCUUCCCUUGCUGGAAACACUUAUAAAAUGAAAUCAAAAUUUGAAAUUUCCUGUCAGCAAGAACCUGUAAAAGUGGUCGCUGCGAAAGUUCGGUAUGGUAGAUGAGUCACAUCUUGUGUUUGACCGCAACUGAUCACUUUUGCUCCUGAAUAAAAAAAUACUUCAGCUAUGCUAUGCUCAAGGAGAAAGUGGUAUUCACUCACAUAAAGUUCGAGAAACGGGAAUGUCUUUCCUUCAUAUAUUCCUUUGGGAAUAGGAAAUUUAAAAGUGAGGAUUAAGAUGAAACUUCUAGUAAGGAAUGUUUCAAAUAGAUGGCCUUUUCUAUCUAAUACUUGCUUUUCCCAAUUCAGCUUCUAGAUUCGAGCAUCAUUCCGAGGACUGAAAGCUUAAAAAAUACAGUGGAACGCGUUCUGCCGUUUUGGUUUGACGAAAUCGUUCCAGCCAUUAAGGUAUUCAAAGUAAAGUCAUUUUAUUCAGAGUUAAUUUUAAAUGUUAAACUUUUUGACUGAGGCCUACUGGAAAUCGUUCUUUUUGGCCCUUGGCCGAGUUUUCGUAGGUAAUCUUGGAAGAGAGUUUGGCUGUUAAAUAAGAGGUCCUUCUAACCCCGAGGUGGAGAAAUCCGCCACUUAUACUAAAUGCAAGUCAAAACAACUAACUUAUAAUAAACGAACGCGCAGGUUUGAAACCUGUUAAAAAAAAUAGCGUAAACGUGCUACGGUCUGACAAUACUUGUACGACGGUUCCCGAAAUGUUCAUUUUUGAUGGAAUUCGUUUAGAGUUAACGCGAAGACGUUCAAAGAAAUGUUCAAAGCCUUGUUGUCGCUUGCGAACAUUUGCCAUGCAUUUGGCAAAAUGGCGAAUAAUGCGUACGAACGAUAUCUUUGUAUCUAUCGUCUGGGUCUCAAUAACCUAUCAACGACUGCCUUUCAUCCUUUUCCAGCGUAUCUAA